CCAGAACACUUCCGGGAGGCCACUCUGGAGGUGUCUGCGAUGUGUGCUUCCGGCGGCUUCCAGGCCGCUUCCUCAGCCUCCACGACCACGGCCUGAAGUAGUGGGCACCGAGCCGGGGGCUGGGAGCCCACUGGCCUUUGGUCACGACAGUUUCUAGCCAUGGACCGAGACCUCUUGCGGCAGUCACUAAAUUUCCACGGCCCGUCUUUGCUCUCCCUGCUCCGGAGCGAACAGCAGGACAACCCACACUUCCGGAGCCUCCUGGGGUCGGUAGCCGACCCUGCCCGGGGCCCGCCGGGCCAGCAGCAGUUACCGGGCAGAAAAGAGAGGAGAGUUGACAACAUUGAAAUACAAAAAUUCAUUUCCAAAAAAGCGGAUCUGCUUUUCGCACUUUCCUGGAAAUCAGAUGCACCUACAACUGCUGAAGUUAGUGAAGACAAUGAUGAUUAUUAUGCAGUCAUGCCACCGUUAGAGCAAUUCAUGGAGAUACCUAGUAUGGACCGGAGAGAGCUGUUUUUUCGAGAUAUUGAGCGUGGUGAUAUAGUGAUUGGAAGAAUUAGUUCCAUUCGGGAAUUUGGGUUUUUCAUGGUGUUGAUUUGUCUAGGCAGUGGCAUUAUGAGAGAUAUAUCCCACUUAGAAAUCACAGCUCUAUGUCCUCUAAGAGACAUGCCUUCAAUCAGUAACCAUGGGGAUCCCUUGUCAUAUUACCAAACUGGUGACAUCAUUCGAGCUGGAAUCAAGGAUAUUGACAGAUACCAUGAAAAGCUUGCAGUGUCUCUAUAUAGCUCAUCUCUUCCACCACACCUGUCUGGUACUAAAUUAGGUGUAAUUAGUUCUGAAGAACUUCCUUUGUACUACAGGAAAAGCGUUGAACUAAAUAGCAAUUCUUUGGAAUCCUAUGAGAAUAUCAUGCAGAGUUCUUUGGGAUUUGUUAAUCCAGGAGUAGUUGAAUUCCUUUUAGGAAAACUAGGAAUAGAUGAAUCUAAUCCACCAUCUUUAAUGAGAGGCCUUCAAAGCAAAAAUUUCUCUGAGGAUGAUUUUGCUUCUGCAUUAAGGAAGAAGCAGUCUGCAUCAUGGGCUUUAAAAUGUGUGAAGAUUGGAGUUGAUUAUUUUAAGGUUGGACGCCAUGUGGAUGCUAUGAAUGAAUACAAUAAGGCUCUGGAAAUAGACAAACAAAAUGUGGAAGCUUUGGUAGCUCGUGGAGCAUUAUAUGCAACAAAAGGAAGUCUGAACAAAGCAAUAGAAGAUUUUGAACUUGCACUGGAAAACUGUCCAACUCACAGAAAUGCAAGAAAAUACCUCUGCCAGACACUUGUAGAAAGAGGAGGGCAGUUAGAAGAAGAAGAAAAGUUUUUAAAUGCUGAAAGUUAUUAUAAGAAGGCUUUGGCUUUGGAUGAAACUUUCAAAGAUGCAGAGGAUGCUUUGCAGAAGCUUCAUAUAUAUAUGCAGAAAUCUUUGGAAUUAAGAGAAAAACAAGCUGAAAAGGAAGAAAAGCAGAAAACAAAGAAAAUAGAAACAAGUGCAGAAAAGUUGCGUAAGCUCUUAAAAGAGGAGAAAAGGCUAAAGAAAAAAAGAAGAAAAUCAACUUCUUCUUCGAGUGUCUCUUCUGCUGAUGAAUCAGUUUCUUCUUCAUCAUCCUCUUCAUCUUCUGGUCACAAAAGGCAUAAGAAACACAAGAGGAACCGCUCAGAGUCUUCUCGGAGUUCUAAAAGGCAUUCAGCUAAGGCAUCCUCAAGUCAGAUAGAUCAGAGUAAGAAAGAUGAGUGCUUCCCAGUUCCAGCUAAUACGUCAGCAUCUUUUCUUAACCAAAAACAAGAAGUGGAAAAACUAUUGGAAAAGCAGGAUAGGUUACCAUAUCAAAAGAAACAGGUAAAAGAAAAAGAUAAAUGUUCUUUCUCAUCAUCUUCUGUUGAAAUUCCGGAUGAUUUUGGAGGUAGGUCUGAAGAUCCAAGAGAUUUUUAUGAUAGCUAUAAAACUCAGGCAGGUAGUAGCAGAACAGAAAAGCCAUAUAAAUCAGAAAGACAUUUUUCCAGUAGAAGAGAUUCCUCAGAUUCUUUUCAUAGGAAUUCAGAGGAUAAGGUAAAAAUGUAUGGUUAUAGAAGAUUUGAAAAAGAUACAGAAGGAAGAAAAGAGCACUAUAGAAAGUGGGAGCCAGGUUCCACGAGACAUGCUACCUCACCAGCAAGCUCAGACUACUCUUGGAAGUCAGGAGAAAAAUAUAAGAAAUCCACUUACUCGGGAUCACGUGAUCUAAGUAGACAUGAGCAAAGAUAUCAAUUAAAUAAAAACCAAGGAGAAUAUGAAAGAGAGGGUAAUUACGUGGAGGAUAUUAAAACAGAGGUUCAGGGAGAGGGACUCAAUAGCAAAGACCAUUCAGAAGGUGGAGUUAAAAAAAAUUUACCUCAAAAUUUACUCAAUAUAUUUAAUCAGAUAGCUGCAUUUGAGAAAGAAAAAGGAAAUAAGCCAAAAAACUAAUAUGCCAAGGGUAUCCUCAACAUUACACUAAAGACUUUUAAUAAAAUAUUUGGAUCUUUUAGUAAUACAGUCCAGUGCAGAAAUCUCUGCUCCCAUGAUUUUUAUUUGUAGACAUUAUGGAAGUCAAUUGCUUUUUAUAGCGGUUCUCAAGGUAUAUUUGUUUCAGUUAUAGGUCCCCUUUUCAUAGCUUGAUUUUUUUUUUAAUGUGUGUAUGUUAUGUACAGUUAUUUCUUAUUCUCAUGGUUUAAACUUCUUCACCUAAAGAUAACUCUCAAAGUAUUGUUUCUUCAUUGUACUACGGUAUAUUAGAAUUCCUCGGGUUCACCUUAUCUUGCUGUUUGAGAAAAUAUUAAAUUUGUGCAUUGAACACUUGGAUCAUUUUUAUCAAAAAUUAUUUCAUUCUGUUAAAAGCUCUUGACUUUCUAAAGAGAUUAUUUGAAUGUUAAAUACCAUUUUAUAAUCAUUAUUGUUUAAAGGUGAAUUUUCUUGCAUAACAUUUUUAAACAGUAGACAGAUACGUGUCUUGUCUAAUUGACCUCUAAAGCCUGAUUUAAUUAAAAUGACUUAUGUACCAGCUGUUUAAAAGUACUUUAGGAAUAAAGCCAUGAAAGUUGAAUAGGG